AUGUUUGAGCAAAAGUCCUCCGGAAAAGCACUGUUUAACCUGAGUUGCAGCCAUCUCAAUCUUGCUGAAAAGGAAUAUUUUGGAUUAGAAUUCUGCAGCCAUUCUGGAAAUACUGUUUGGUUGGAACUUCUGAAGCCCAUCACAAAACAAGUAAAAAUGGACCCUGGCCAUCUUCGAGAAGAACUUACAAGGUAUCUUUUUACUCUUCAAAUAAAGAAGGAUUUGGCUGUGGGAAGACUUCCAUGUAGUGACAACUGCACGGCAUUGAUGGUGUCUCACAUCUUACAAUCAGAACUGGGAGACUUUCAUGAAGAAACAGUUAGGCAGCAUCUGGCACAAACUCGGUACUUACCAAACCAAGACUGUCUAGAGAGCAAGAUCAUUCACUUUCAUCAGCAACACUCUGGCAGGAGCCCAGCCGAAUCAGACAUUCUGCUACUGGACAUAGCAAGAAAGCUGGAUAUGUAUGGCAUCCGACCUCAGCCCGCCAGCGAUGGGGAAGGCAUGCAGAUUCACCUGGCUGUUGCUCACAUGGGAGUACUGGUGUUACGGGGAAAUACGAAGAUUAAUACUUUCAACUGGGCUAAAAUCCGUAAGUUGAGUUUUAAGCGAAAGCAUUUCCUCAUCAAACUUCAUGCCAAUAUUUUGGUGUUGUGCAAGGACACUUUGGAGUUCACCAUGGCCAGCCGAGAUGCCUGUAAGGCUUUCUGGAAGACUUGUGUGGAGUAUCAUGCUUUCUUCAGACUUUCGGAAGAGCCCAAAUCAAAGCCCAAAACUCUCCUGUGCAGCAAGGGCUCUAGUUUCCGCUAUAGUGGAAGAACCCAAAGGCAACUUCUGGAAUAUGGGAAAAAAGGGAGGUUGAAGAGUUUGCCAUUUGAAAGGAAACAUUACCCAUCUCAGUACCAUGAGCGACAGUGCAGGUCAUCGCCAGAUAUUCUCUCUGAUGUGUCAAAACAAGUGGACGAUUUGAGACUAGCCUAUGGGAGCGGGUACUACCGAAAUGUGAAUGGCGUGCAUGCAUCUGAGCCCCUGUUAGAUAGUAGACGGAGGAACUCUGCAGUGGAGGUGACAUUUGCAGCUGAGCUGGAACGUUCCAAACCAGAGGCAGACCCCACAGCAUUACACCAAUCCCAAAGCAGUUCUUCAUUCUCCUUUAUUUAUUCAGAUCCUGUCUUUAGCACUGACCUUGAACCUGAUUCCAGAGACUUCUUCGAGGAGAGGACUCCUCUAAGUUCCUUCCAAACAAGCUCUAAGUUUGCUGACAAUCACACAAGCCUAUCUUCAGGCCUCAUGAGCAAAGUGAGUCCAGCAAGACAGUUAAUGUACACAGACGUGCCCUAUGUUCCUUAUACUACACAGCAGGUUGAUAUUAUGCCUCCCCAAGUCUUUUUCUAUGUGGACAAACCACCCCAGGUGCCCAGGAGGUCUCCGAUCAUGGCAGAUGAAAGGGUUAGAUCAGAUAGCUAUAGAGAACCCACUGCAAUAAAGCCAGCCAAAAGAAGCCCAAGGAAUAUCAGAAUGAAGAACCUUCAGCAAGACCUUCAAGAACUCCAAGAAGCUAUAGCCAGGACUAGUGGUAGGGGCAACAUCAGUGUAGAUCUAGAAGAGGAAGACCCCAAUUUAGAAGAUGCAUUUGCCUAUAAUAUUCAAGAGCAAACCCCUAAACGGUCCCAGAGUCAAUCAGACAUGAAAAUGAUGCGUUUUCCUUUUGGAUCAGAAUUUCGACCUUUAGGGCCAUGCCCUGCUCUGAGUCGUAAAGCAGACCUGUUCCCCUGUAUGUUUGCAGAACAGGAGUUGCCAGCAGUUGUGGUGGAUCCAAGUGCAGCAGAGAGGUAUGUAGCUAGUGAAUCCAGUGAUUCAGAAUCUGAGAUUCUUAAACCAGACUACUAUUCUUUGUACGGUAAAGGAAUAAAGUCACCCAUGGCCAGAAUUCGCUUGUCUUCCGGCAGUCUACAACUGGAUGAAGAAGAUGAAGACAUUUCUUUUAACACCUCAGCUACUGAAGACAGGACUUUGCUAAAACCAUGCAAUUAUUUCUUAGCUUAA